AUGACUAACAAAUUAACUCAUUAUCCAGACUCCUUAAUCAAUGGUAAAGAUCUAUGGUAUUCCGCUCCUAAGAAAAACGCUCAGGAGAGGACAGAAAGUGCCCUAAAUUGUGCACUUAAACUACUAGCAAACUGGUGCGACAAUAAUGGAAUGGUUAUCAACACCGCAAAAACUGCAUUCCAAACAUUUUCUUUGGCCCGUCACAGCAUAAACCCGCUACUAAGGUACAAGGAUACUACCAUAGAAAGAACCAAUGAGUUCACAUAUCUCGGAAUGACGUUUGACACAAGGCUAACGUGGAAAAGUCACAUUGCUAAAAUAGCAGAACGAGUCUCCAAUAGACUGAAUGUACUGAAGCGUCUUGCUGGUAGUGUAUGGGGCUGUGCACGCUCAACUCUCAACACCACUUACAAGAUGUUUAUUCAGCCAAUAAUGUUGUAUUGCGGGGGCCAUACGCAACGCUUUCCUUCCAUCUUCUCCUCAGUUCAUCUUCAUGUUGUUAGAAGACUCUUGAAACAGAAAAAGUGCAUGGAUAGGAUGCAUCCUCAGAAGAAGGCGAUGCAUGGGCUAUGUGAAGCUCAUGCUAAUGACCAAAUUGUGCGAGUCAUUGAGACUUUCUAA